AUGGCAAAUUUAGAUAAUUAUGUCAAUGUCACCUUUUAAUAAGUACAAUUCGGAUUGAAUAAUGCUGGAUCAUACCAAAAUACUGAAAUAAAGCUACUUGAGGUAGGAGAAGAGUUCUAAGCAGAAACUAUCAGAAUACCACAAUUCUACAAAUGCCCGGUUAACUUUACUGCCUCAUUAUAAGGGAGUUAAACUACUAAAACCCUGUAGUCUUUCAGAAUAAUUGUAACAAAGUGCAACCAAAUAUAUCUUAGCCUUAAAAAUGAAUCAGCAAAAUGUAUGAACGACAGUAUGAUGUAAAAUUUCUUCGAUAAACUUCAAUUCAAUGUGGUAGCAACGAAUUAAUUCAUAGAUGUUAAUGAGAAAUCACUAAGUCCAAUCAAAACCGAGUUAAAAAAUUUCUAUGCAACAGGCUAUCAUAAUAUGAGUCUCAAUUACCAGUUAAAAAUUGGAAAGAACUUUUUAAUAUCUUCUUCUUCCUCACUAUCUAAUCAAUUAAAUUAAAAAAACGAAACUUACUACACUGUGAGGGAAGAAUCUCUUAAGAUUUCCUCUUAGCGGGUAUACCAAAAUUAAGUUUUUUUAAAUUUCAACAUGAUGAUAGAUGAUAAUGCUAUGACAACUAAUCUUGAACUCUAUACUGUUUCAGAUGCUCUUUCAAAUACUGGUGGUAUUAUAGGGAUUGCUACUAUCAUUAUAUAGUUUCUAGUGUACAAAACUUAAGAAUACCUCUACUACUAAUAGCUAGUUAAAGAGAUUUUUAAGAUUGGUAUUGAAGAUUCUAUGCCCUAAAAUGGGAAGUCAGAUAAAUUAUAGAAAUUCCCAUCUUAAUAAAUGUAAAAUAUAGAAAAUUAUCAAGAUGAAUUUUCAAGAAAUUAUAAAAGAAUUUUAAACAAUAUUAAAAAUUGA